UGUCAUGAGAGGUUUGAUUAAAGGCAUUUGGAGAUCGUUGAUAUCUUACUGCUUGCAAGUGUUUCUGCUAACAGAGGUCACCUAUGAAAGACUUUAUUUUGUAGAGCUUAUAAUCCAGUCCCCAAAGCUUUAGGGUGGACACAAUACUUUUCCUCUGCCAUCUGUACUUCGACUGCGGGGGCUUGGCCAGCGCAUCCAGCGUGGAUGGACUUGUCAGUGUGGGGAGGAGCAGCUCCUUGCUAUGAAAACACCAUCUAGGAUGGCUAACAGCGUUCACAUGAGUGGGCUACUGAGCCGCCAUGAUGAUGAAGCCACCAGGACCUCCACCUCAGAGGGUCUGGAGGAGGGGGAGGUGGAAGGAGAGACUCUCCUGAUUGUGGAGUCUGAGGACCAGGCUUCGGUGGAUUUAUCACAUGACCAUAGUGGGGACUCUCUGAACAGCGAUGAAGGUGACGCAUCCUGGAUGGAGGAAAUGUCCUAUUACUGUGAGAAGUGCCAGAAGUGGAUUCCAGCAAGUCAACUGAGAGAACAGCUCAGCUACCUCAAAGGAGAUAACUUUUUCAGAUUCACUUGCUCAGAUUGCUCAGAAGAUGGGAAGGAACAAUUUGAACGGUUGAGAUUAACAUGGCAACAAGUUGUCAUGCUGGCAAUGUACAAUCUGUCUCUGGAAGGAACUGGCCGCCAAGGGUACUUCAGAUGGAAAGAAGAUAUCUGUGCUUUUAUUGAGAAACACUGGACUUUCUUAUUAGGAAACAGGAAAAAGACCUCAACAUGGUGGAGCACAGUUGCUGGCUGUCUCUCUGUGGGGAGCCCCUUGUUUUUCCGCUCGGGGGCACAGGAGUUUGGAGAACCGGGAUGGUGGAAAUUGGUUCAUAAUAAACCUCCAACAAUGAAACCUGAAGGAGAGAAGCUGUCUGCAUCUGCACUAAAGGCAAAAGCAGCUUCAAAGCCACCUCUGGAUCCCAUCAUUACUGUGGAAGGACUCAGGAAGCGGGUGAGCCGCAAUCCAGUGGAAUCAGCCAUAGAGCUGAAGGAAAAGAGGUCUCGCACUCAGGAAGCCAAGGAUAUUCGGAGAGCCCAGAAGGAGGCAGCUGGCUUCCUGGACCGGAGUACUUCCUCCACUCCUGUUAAAUUCACCAGUCGAGGCCGUCGUCCUGACAUCGUCCUUGAGAAAGGAGAGGUGAUUGACUUCUCCUCCUUGAGCUCUUCAGAUCGUACUCCUCUGACAAGCCCUUCUCCUUCCCCAUCUCUGGACUUCUCUGCUCCUGGCACUCCGGCCUCGCAUUCAGCUACUCCCAGCCUUCUUUCAGAAGCGGAUCUCAUCCCAGACGUCAUGCCACCGCAAGCUCUGUUUCAUGAUGAUGAGGAGAUGGAAGGGGAUGGAGUCAUAGACCCAGGAAUAGAGUACGUGCCCCCUCCCAGUGGGGCAGCUGGUGCUGGUGCUGUGAUAGCAAGUCGAAAAAAAGUGAAGACAGCCGAGCAGAUCAAGCAAGAGGUGGAGAGUGAAGAAGAAAAAAUGGAAAGGAUGGAAGGUGACAAUGAGGAUCCUGAAGAGCCAAAUGCAUCGCUGCAGAUGAGGGGGCGAGACAAGAGGAAGCUGCCGCUGGAGAAGGAUGCUAAGCCCAGAGCUCCCAAGCAUACCUCUGUUAGUAUCUAUGAGGAAAAGCUGCUGCUAAAAAGACUGGAAGCCUGUCCCAAUGCCUUGAGCAUGACCCCAGAGGCCCGGAGACUGAGGCGCAAACUGAUAGUCAGGCAGGCGAAGAGGGAAAGAGGACUGCCACUCUUUGACUUGGACCAGGUCGUGAACGCUGCACUGCUCUUGGUUGAUGGGAUUUAUGGAGCCAAAGACGGAGGUGUUUCCAGGUCCCCAACAGGGCAAGCAACGUACAGAACUACCAGCCAGGACUUCAGGAUUCUGGACAGAUACCAAACAAUGCUGCCAGCCAUGAAAGGAUAUCGACAGCAGACAACGAAGUUUCUGUACCGACUGGUAGGCUCAGAAGACCUGCUGUCAGACCACAGCAUUGUCAGUCCAUACACAUCCCGUGUCCUGAAACCUUACAUCAGGCGCGAUUAUGAGACAAAGCCCCCAAAACUCAGGCUGCUGGCAGAAAUCCGGGCGUAUCCACACAGGAAUGAUCUCAACUGGAAGGCUGAGCCAGAAGCACCCAUUGAUUACUGCUACGUUCGCCCUAAUCACAUCCCCACUAUAAACUCCAUGUGCCACGAGUUCUUCUGGCCUGGAAUUGAUUUGUCGGAAUGCCUCCAGUACCCAGACUUCAGUGUUGUUGUCCUGUACAAGAAAGUUAUUAUUGCCUUUGGCUUUAUGGUGCCAGAUGUGAAAUACAAUGAAGCUUACAUCUCUUUUCUGUUAGUUCACCCUGAAUGGAGAAGAGCUGGGAUUGCAACCUUCAUGAUUUACCAUCUUAUCCAGACAUGCAUGGGCAAAGACGUAACCCUUCACGUCUCUGCAAGCAACCCUGCUAUGCUGCUCUACCAAAAAUUCGGAUUUAAGACAGAAGAAUACAUUUUGGAUUUUUAUGACAAAUACUAUCCCUUGGACAGCAAGGAGUGCAAGCACGCUUUCUUUCUCAGGCUGCGGCGCUGAUCCGUCAGUCUGCAAAAAGGCCAGUCUGUCAAGCAAAGAACCACCACGGCUUUCAGCGGAGGAUGUUGGCUGCCCUGGGAGAGCUGGAACGCAAAUGAAUGUCAACAUUGCUAUGUUUUGUGCUGAAACUGCAAUCCAACAGGAUUGAUUCCUGUGCUCCAAGGGGAGAGGCCUAGAAAUGCUAACUGGGACAUGCUGAAACCACUGGAAGACUGAAAUUCUUCAUGAGGAGUUUUCCUGCCACUGUUUAUUUGGAGACCCUCAUUGACAAAUAAACAAACUAAUACUUGUCACUUCAGAGGGGCCCCACGGAUUUCAAAUUUUGCAGCCUAAAAGUCAUAGGUUUUCUAUUUCCUUUUCGGUUUUUUGGAAAUGAAUAUUGAAAUUUAAAUCAUCAA